AUGCGUGGUGGUAUUGAGAUUUGGAUGAAUCAGUUGAAUCCUGUCGAAAUCGCCGACGAUGGAAAAUCGGUCAAGGUUGGAGGUGGCGCCCUAUCCAAACCGGUAAUAGAUGCUCUAUAUGCAGCAGGGAAGGAGACGACUAUCGGAGGGUGUGAAUGUACCAGCAUCCUAGGGCCCGGGCUAGGGGGUGGCCACGGUUGGCUCCAGGGGCGGUACGGGCUUGUUGCGGACCAGUUUCUUUCCAUGGACAUUGUCUUUGCCAACGGAAGUCUCCAUACGAUCGACGAAACUUCCGAUCUUUGGUGGGCUAUGAAGGGCGCUGGCCAUAACUUUGGUAUUGUCACUUCUGUUACUAUGAAGAUCUACGACGUCGAGAGCCCCAAUUGGGCAUUCGCAAGCUUUGCCUUUAAGGGAGAUAAAGUCGAGGAGGUCUACGAAGCCGCUACAAACCAUCUUCUGAAAAACGGCACACAACCCAGAGACGUUAUCAAUUUCUCGUAUUUCAUAAAUCUUCCCGAUAUAGACCCCGAUAAUUCCGUCAUUGUCUUCUUCAUUGUCCAAGGAGGAGUAAAAGUGGUGGAUUCGGAGUUUACGGGCCCCCUUACUAGGAUAGGGCCGGUAGCUACGACUACUUCUACAGGAACGUACCUCGAUCUCGCGCCGUGGAUACUCACCAGUAAUGUGGAUGGACCGUGCCAAAAGGCUGGUUUGAUAAACACUCGUUUCCCCAUCGACCUCGAAACCUACAACGUCCAGGCUCAGCGAGAUGUAUACGACCUAUUCUCCUCAGCCACUCACGAGACGCCGGCGCUCAAUGGCUCCGUUUUCCUCCUAGAGGGUUAUCCCUUACAAGGGGUGCAAGCCGUUCCCGAAGAAUCAACGGCCUUUCCCUUCCGGGGCGAUAGCCUGCUACUUGCGCCGCUUAUUCUCUACAAGCCAGAGGGGGAGGAACUUAAUAAGAAGGCAGCCAAAUUAGGUGAAGACCUCCGUCAGACGAAGAAGCAGAUGUACGGACACGAGGAAUGGUGCCAGAAGAAAAUGCUUGACCUCAAGAACAAGUACGAUCCCUAUCGCAAGUUCAGUUUCUACGCGCCUAUUGCAUAG